UACCUUCAGCCGUACGAAAGUAAUAUUUUAAGAUGCUAGAUUAGAAAAUAAAAGAUCGACAAGAAUCAGUUUUAAUUUUUAGUGUUCGUGUAUUUAAAUCCUAAAAAGUCGCACUCAAUGCAUCACAUGAUACCGUAUUUACCGUAUGAAAUACUUAUAAUAAAAAACUGUAAAUGAAUUGAGAGCAUGAACACAAACGGUGAAUCGUGCACACUUUAUGUGCAUGGACAAGCAGUAGGCUCUUAAGCAUUACUUGAACAAAAGCGUCCCACGUGACUUAAACAGGUAAGUAUAAACCUUUCCGUUGACCUCUUUACACGAAGCUAUGGCAGGUGACAGCGAAGGAAAGAUUUAAGAAAUGGCAGUUGUGCAGACUGAAGAGACCGAGGCAGAGGAUGGACGUGCCACAUGGGGUGGAAAGUUUGAGUUUAUAUUGACAUGUGUGGGGUAUGCUGUGGGCUUAGGGAACGUAUGGAGAUUUCCUUACCUGACGUUCAGGAACGGGGGAGGAGCGUUCCUUCUGCCUUACAUCAUAAUGCUUGUGUUUGUUGGCCUCCCCCUGUUCUUUCUAGAGCUGGCGUUCGGUCAGUUUGCCAGCUUGGGACCAAUAACUAUAUGGAGAAUUAACAUUCUGUUCAAGGGCCUGGGCUUUGCGAUGGUGUCCGUGUCUUGGAUGAUUGGACUCUACUACAAUGUGGUCAUCUCUCACGUGCUGGUCUUCCUCAUCUCCUCCAUGACCGCCGAGCUCCCCUGGACCACCUGCCGGAAAUACUGGAACACGCCUUCUUGUGUCGAGGACCCCAAAAAUAAAACAGCUCUAGCUAUCGCUGUGAACUUUACUGGGCGCAGCACCACGCCAAGUGAAGAAUAUUACGAUAACUUUGUGCUGGAAGUCACCUCCGGUAUUGACGAGCCCGGGGGUAUGAACUGGCGUGUACCGGUGGCACUAUUUGUAGCCUGGGUCAUUGUGUUAUUAUGUCUACUGAAGGGCAUUCAAACCCUAGGGAAGGUUGCCUACUUUACCGCAAUUUUUCCCUACAUAAUGCUGACCAUACUUUUGGUACGCGGGCUUACACUAGAUGGCGCUGUGGACGGAAUUACAUUUUACCUCAAACCAGACUUCUCCAAACUGGCAGAUUCUAGGGUGUGGAGUGAUGCAGCUACGCAGAUCUUCUUUUCUCUCAGUGCCUGUUCUGGCGGAUUGAUAGCCAUGUCCAGUUACAACGACUUUAAAAACAACUGCCUCAGGGAUUCUAUAAUUGUUGCGACAAUCAACUGCGCCACGAGUGUUUACGCUGGUUUUGUCAUUUUUUCCGUCCUUGGUAAUAUAGCUUAUAACAAAGGUGUGCUAGUUGAAGACGUUGUAGCAGGAGGUCCAGGUUUAGCAUUUGUAGCCUACCCAGAGGCCAUAGCAAGGAUGCCGCUGUCACCUCUGUGGGCGAUCCUUUUCUUUAUCAUGAUGGCGACCCUGGGUUUCGGCUCCCAGCUGUCUACAGUCGAAUGUGUCCUCAGCGCGUUAACUGACGAGUAUGCAGACUGGCUUCGUCCACGGAAAAAUAACAUCAUCUUCCGGGCUGUGUUUUGUUUCGUGUGCUUUUUACUAGGACUUCCAAUGGCUACAAGGGGUGGCAUAUACAUGCUAAAUUUAUUGGACUACAGUGUCAGUGGAUUUCCGUUACUGGUGGUGGGUUUUACUGAAGUGGUAGUGCUUAAUUGGAUAUAUGGCUACGAUCAGUUUUCCACGGACAUUGAAAUGAUGUUAGGAAGAAAGCCAAAUAUUUACUGGAAAGUCUGCUGGAUCGUGUUAACACCUGUGAUCAUUUUCGUAACCAUUAUUUUCAACUUUGUUCUGUACAAAAACCCCACGUAUAACACGUACCAGUACCCUGGGUGGGCGGUGGCCCUGGGGUGGUUGAUAUCCCUGUGGCCGACACUCAUGAUCCCUGUUUGGUGGAUGUAUAGGUUUUGUAAAGAUGGUGGAUGGGAAUUUACAAAAGAGGUGAUGCGACCCUUGCCCGACUGGGGGCCGGCUAGCGAGGGGUUACGUAAAGAGUACUAUGGCCAGAUGGAGGCAGGGGAAGAGAAUUUAGGAUAUUCCUCGUCCUCUCUUUGGAGCAGGCCACAGACAGGCGGCUCCAUAAGCACACUGGGUCAGGGUUCUACUGCGGCACCCAGUACAGCAGCCAGCACGCUGUCGGACAUGAAGAGAUCAGAAACGUCCGUUUAAACAUAUAAAGUGUAGACGUUGCUGUAGAAUCUUAAUAAACCAGUGUUGAGGUCCACAUGUAUUAUAAAUUGUGAUUCAGAUUCAUUACAUUUGCUUAAUAGUGGAUGGAAACCACCGCAUUGCCCUACCCCAACUGCACGAUUUUCUUUUUGAGGGCAUGCUAUAACAUUAUUUUUACUAACAUGAUAUACGUAUAACAUACCAUUUUU